UGUUUACAAUUUAGCAGCAGAAAACAAUUAUAUGGUGUUCAUGACCAUUUUGGUUUGUUUAGAAGCAAAUGGGAACUGCACAGUAGAUCAGGUUAUACUAGAUGGUCUGAAGAUUGAUAAAGAAGACUGUGACAGAUCUAAGGAUAAUGAACAUUCCUUGGUUGCUUGGCUUGAUGAGAAGAACAUACCAAGUGUAUCAGACAGAUUACCAGUGUGGGCAGAAGUGCAGAUCAAACAGGAUCUUGAAAUUCAUCAAUUUCUUAAAUCAGAAUCUUGUAAUCAUAAAGUUCUGAGUAAUAAUGGAUGUGGUUUAUCCAAUAUAAAAGUAAUACCAGUGGGUAGAGAAGAUAGUUUGUCUUGUAGUGUGUCAACUGAUUGUACAAGUGUUGAAUGCUGUGUAAAUUUACCGAUCCUAAAUACAUCAGUCCUUAUUGUAUUCGAGAUGAAUCAGUGUAGGAACAACUUAAAACUGCAAAUUGACAAUUUGAUUCAUAAUCUCAAAUUGUCAGAAGUUUUUUACGGUGAAAGUAGCUCAUUUGGAAUAAACGGGAUAGUAAAACUUAAUUAUAACAUAGACAAAGGUUUCUCUUCAUACAACAUUUACUUGGAAAUAACUGUUUGUUUUGAACCAGAUGAAUGUGAAUUACAGAUUGUAGUCUUAAAUAACACAGCUGUUAAUUUUACAUCAUGUGACAUGGCACCAGGUUUUCUUAACUCGUCAUUUUCAUUGGAUGAUUGGUUGUCAAGUAGAAAUACAGACCUGCACCAUAUAAAAGAUAUUACUGCAAAUGACCUAAUUACAGAACUUGGACUGUCUGAUUACAUGGGAUGGUCCAAUAAAUGUGAUGCCAAUAUGCUACCUUAUAACCAGUCUGCUGGUGGUUGGAACAAUGAAUGUUCAAACAUAACUACACCAUCUGUCCUGUUAGAUAAAGGUGUAGCAUGUCACAUUCUGGACAGUUGUGAUACUGUUACAUGUUGUGCAGAGAUUGCUGUUCUGAAAAGAUAUGUCUACACAUCGGUUAAUCUUAAAACAUGUGAUUACUUACUGGAAGUGUGGUUGGAGGAAAAAUAUUUUGAAUUUGAUUUGAUCAACUAUGAAUGGGGCAAACAAGAAAAUUUGCAGAUCCAUGGAGUAUUGCAACUAGUGUAUGCCAUCCAUCACAUCCCUUCUGAAAAGGUAUUCUCUAUGGAUGUGAAAAUCAAGGCCUGUUUUGAAGAGAAUGGUACUGUAUGUUUGUAUGACUACACAGUCAUGGAUGAUUCAAAUCUUCUAUACUCACAAUGUGAUCUAACUGAAGAAAGAGUCCCUUUCAAAGGAAUUUCAUUUGAUUUAUGGCAACAGAUACAGUGUUCACCUCUAAAACCUGCAAAAGAUUGCAAUAUAAGUUUGACAUCCUAUGGAUCAACAGUUUGCUCAGCUACAUCUGACUGUCAGGGUAUAGCAUGUUGUCUACCUCUCACUUUUAUAAAUGGACAAAGGAGUAUCAACGUGACAUUCCUCUUUAGUUCGUGUGGUAAACUGAAGUAUAGUAUUGAAAGGAAAGUUUGGCAGAAAACUCCUGAACCAGAUAAAGUAGUGACUGAGGACAUUGGAGACACUUUUCAGUAUAAUUAUACCCUUGCUUCAGGACUUAAUCCUUAUAUAGUAACUUUGAACCUACAAGUUUGUUAUUUGGCUGCAGAAUUUUGUAGUAAAUUCACGUUAUUGGAAAAUUCCACUAUGGUUUGUUCACCAUCUAAACGCAAGAAGAGAAGAAGAAGAUCUAUUACAGAACCCAUGGCAUCGAAUUUUAAAGAAGGUAUCAAAAUAUUGAUGCAGAGACAGGCUUCGUCAGAAGAAAUAGAGAAAUAUCUUGAACAAGUUAAAGAGUAUGAGUUGAAUUUGAUACAAGAAAAUUUGAAAGGAGCUGUUCUAUCAGUUACAGACACCAAAACAAGUGGGAAAUCAGCUAUGAAGGCUCUUGGUUGGAACAAUCCUGCCACAAUUGCAAUAGCAGUUGACACUGAAAUAUCAGAGUCAGUUACAGGAGGAGAUGAAAUACAAAAGAUGCUUGGGAGCAGUACAUCAGACAUAGCAGGUAGAAGUGAUCAAGCAUUUGUUGUUGGACAUGGUUUAACAAGUCAUGGAUUAAAAUUGCUGGGACAAAAACUUGCCAAGAUGACAAUUGGAGAUAUUGAAAAUCUCUUGGAUGUGAAAAAUGUAGACCCAGUAGAAGUGUCAAAAUUGAUGGAUGAGCUGAGAGAUCUUCACAGAGCUUUGUUAUCAGAAUUUUUAUCAGAUAUACUUGGUGGAGAAUCAGACAUUUUUAAAUCUGAGGAUCUUGUCUUGUGGCAAGAAAUUCCAAUGCCUACCCAAAGUAUAUUAAAAGAAUUUCCACCACCACUUGGGUUUGGAUUUGUAAUAAUUGGUGGAUUUGUCACACUGAAGUAUACUGUUGGCAUUGGGAUGUAUUAUGGUGUGAAGUUUGCUGUAGGUGUAGAGAUUAUGCAAAUGAAAGGAUUAGCUAAGGUAACACCAUAUGUCGGAUUUCUUGUUUAUGGAGAAGUUGGAAUAGGCGUUGGUGUCCUGUUUGUCAAGCUUAGACUAGAGGGAUAUAUAAUGGAUUUGAGGUUCCCAACAACAGCUGAAGUAGCAUUCAACAAGUUUCCCCUUGAUGUUGGAAUUACCAUGUACCUUGAACUAAUACCGAUCAGCCUAAAACUGAAGGCUUUAGUAACAGUAGAUGUCUCAUUGAUCUUUAAAACCAUAACAAUAACGUUGUUUAAAGCAACCCUUUGGCAAUACACAGCUCCAACAAUAAGAGCAAAGCUGCUUGAUAGUAGGAAGGGUGAAGUAGAUAAAACUGGUCCAGCUAUAAAACCCUUCAUUGAAGAUUCAGCUAGUGAAAGGAAAAAGAGGUCAUCAGCUCAAUGUUUAGUACGGCAGAUUCCAAAUCUUGAUUACAAAGAGCCUCGUUUUGAAGUUUCAAUCCAUGCUGGGGAUGACAGGAGUGGAGUCAAUUUAUAUCUAGAUGUAGGAACUGUACCUGGUGGACAUGAUGUUGUGAACAAAAAGGAACUUGGUGGUCCAUCCACUAUUUUAUCUGAGGUUUUAUCAGCGUCUGGUGUCCCACUUUACUUUACGGUAACUGCAGAAAAUGAUUCAGGUCAAAAGUCCAAGGCUUCAUGCUACUUAUCUACAUAUGAUGUCACACUACCUGGUGGAAGAUUUGAUGAAGAUUACAAGACAACCAGCAACCCAUCAGUUAUUUCAGCAUCAAUUAGUGUGUAUGAAGAUUCAGACCUAUUAGAAACUGAAGUAGGGUUAGGUUAUGGCAAGGACAUAUGGGGAGAUCAGGUGGUUGCCUGGCAAGAUGUUACACUAGAUCAUGGUGUGAUAAACCAUGUUAGUCAAGAAUCUGAUCCUCUAAAUAGAGAAGUAUUGAAAAUGUUUACAAGCUCUCGUCAUGGGAAAUUAGUAGCACCAAAAGCAGGAAGAGAUUCUGAACAAAAUUCUCCCGGAGACUGUGCUAGAGCAUGUGCUAAUUUACCUCCAACAAAGUGUAUGAGCUUUAAUUAUGACUUUGGCAUUGGAAUGUGUGAACUUGUUGAAGCCAUUGAAGGUUAUCAUUUCAAACGAUCAAAAUCAGGACUAUUUUACCACUAUGAAAGACUUGGAGUUGCAAAGACCAAGCAGUUCAACUUCAACCAGUUACAAUUAGAACACAACAAAAUUUACUUUGUUAAUUUCCGAAUUGUAAACAGCCUGGGAUAUUUGUCUAUCAUCAACACACAGGGUGUUCUUCUUGACGUAACUACACCAACCACAGGUGAAAUUCAAAAUGCCAGUAAGGACUACCUUGAACGUGUUGACUGUUUGUCACUCAUACCUGAAUUACACAGACCAGACUGGAUUAUCCAGUGUAAAGGAAUUAACCCUAAUGUCAAAAAUCAUAGGUUAAUUGUUGAUGGUAAGGGAUCUAAAGCAGUUUUUAAUGGUAUAGAACCAAUGACUGAUCUUCUUUAUACAAGAUUUAACACAUAUAUAACAGCAAACUGGGAUGGAUUUAAUGAUAGAGAAAGUGGACUGCUUGGUUAUACCAUAUAUGUUGGCAGGGAUGUCUGUGAGGACCUAAUACAUCCACACCAUGAUCCACAGAAACAUUUCUUUGAGAAAUCCCAGUGGACCCACACUGCUAUGAUUUAUCCUAUUCCUGCUCCAUAUGAAACACUACCAGAUGGAGAAUAUUAUAUAACAUUGAGAGCACUCAAUGAGGUACAAUUUGGAGGUCCACUGGCUACAACGGUCUGUCAUACAACACCACUAACAGUAGACAAUUCACCUCCGUUGGUUUGGGAGGUUUAUGAUAUUCAGUAUAAUGAAGACACCUAUAACCUUACUGCAAAACAAAAUUCCAGUGAUCCACAUUCAGGAUUAGACUACAAUGAUGUAUGCUUAGGGAGAACAAGACGGGAUUGCUUGGAAAUGAGAUGGACAAGAUUUGCUGUUACACCAAAUAUCUCACUUGUUAGAUUUUUAACUGAUGGAGUUCCAGUUUGGGUAAAAGUCAGAGCUGUCAACAGAGUUGACUUGCGUACUAUUGGCAUUGCUGACUCAGCCAUUAUUGUUGACAAGACUCCACCUAAUGCAGGAGUUGUAAUGGAUGGUCCUAUUUAUGGUGAAGAUUUAAUGUACACCAAGUAUUCUGACAGGAUUUGUGCCAACUGGUUACAUUUCUAUGACCCAGAGUCUGGUAUUGGAUUGUAUUUGGUCAGUGUUGGAUCUAUCAAACAGAUAAAUGUGACAGACAUUGCUAACUUGACAGAAUACAGCAGGAAAACUCAUGAAGCUUGUGUAGAGCUAACUCCUGAAAAUUACCUGGAACAUGGACAUACUUAUUUCACCACUGUAUGGGCAUUUAAUGGAGCUGUCAAUCAGAGAAAUGUGUCGGCCAUUUCAAAUGGAGUUACUGUUGAUCUGACAAAACCUGUUCCUGGAGAUGUUGUUGAUGGAAAUAAGACAGGGUUUGAAGAUGUCCAGUUCUCUGGUAGUGCAGCUAAGGUAGAGAUUCAGUGGAAGAAUUUUUAUGAUCCAGAAUCAACGAUCAGACAAUAUGAUGUUCAAGUUCAGGCAGCAGGGAAUUUAUCAGAAAGUUUCCAAGUAGUGAGAGAUUUUGUGACAUUUUCUAAUAUGACAGAGAGUGCUAAAUGGCUGAAUUUUCAUUUUGAACAUAAGGAUAGAGUAAAACUGGUUCUGCAAACUACAAAUGGAGCUCUCAACUCAAUAGUCAAUGAAACAGAUGGUUUUAUUGUAGAUCUUACACCUCCCAUGCUGAUACAUCUUGGAGAUGGUUCUGUUCAACAUAAAGAUCUAGAAUUUCAGUCUGAUACCACCAGCCUCUCAUCAAAUUUCAAGUUUAUUGAUGAAGAAUCCGGAUUGGAUCAUUUCAAAAUACAGAUUUACCAGAGAUAUCAGAGCAUAAGAUCACAAAUUGUUCCAGAAACUCACAGUGAUUGGAUUGAAUUGGAUGAUGCAAAUCUGAAUGAGUUUGUUGACACCAGUCUGACUCUCCGACAGGGUGCAGUGUACAGUAUAAGAGUAGGAGCUGUAAAUAAAGCAGGUUUUAUGGCAUCUUUUGAGACAAAUGGUGUAAAGGUAGACACAACACCUCCUAUUAUUCACUGGCUUCAUGUUAACACAUUAUCAGAUGACGUAGAGCAGGUUGUGUAUGGCUAUGUAUGGCAAGCAGAUACAAAUGGUAUAAAAGCAGCAUGGCAAGCAAUAGAUCAUCAGUCAGGAGUUAUAAAUUACAAAAUAGCUGUUGGAUCCUCACCAGGUGGAACUGAAGUGAAGUCAUGGACAGAUAUUGGGCUAAAGACAGAUAAAUAUAUAGAUGGAUUAUCCCUGGAUAUUACUGAUAUUGAUACAAAGACCCCAGUGUACUUUAUUAGUUUGAUAGCAGUAAAUGGUGCUGGCCUGGAAAGUUCACCUGUGAUUUCAACACCAAUAGUGGUGGUGGAAGCUGACAAAGCAGGUAUAGUUAUUGAUGGUACGGAUGGCACAGACCAUGAUCCUGUAUCUGACAUUGGUGUUGACAUCGAUUACCAAUCUGACAUUUCUACUCUUAGUGUACAGUUUACAGGAUUUGAGAGUCAUCUCCAUGGUGUAAUGGCCUAUGAAUGGGCUGUAGGAACAAGUCCAGGUGGACAAGAUGUUACCACAUUUUCAGCUGAUGGAAUUUUACAUGUAGAAGAACAAAAUAUUGCUGGAGAUGGCAUUACAAGCUCUGGAUAUGCACAAGUAAAUGCUCAACUAGAACCUGGAAAGACAUAUUAUUCUGCUAUUAGAGGUGUAACCAAUGCUGGAAAUAUUAUAGAGUCUGUAUCAGAUGGAAUUACAGUAGAUUUAUUACCACCAGAUAUAGUUUUGGAUAGACUUUCUGAUAAAAGUGCAGCCAGUGGUGAGAUUGGUUCAAGUUCAUCGAUGUAUAAAAGUACAACUGACUCUCUGUCUGCAAUGUGGCACUAUAAUGAUACAGACAGUGAAGUAACAAGGGUGUGGUAUUCUGUUGGCACAUAUCCAUACGCAGAGGACAUAUCACCUAGAACUAAAGUAAAUAUAUCCUCUACACAAAGUAGUCACCUGGAGGUUGGCAGUAUCACACCUGAUAUUACAGGCAAACCAAAUAUAAUCAGUAUCUGGGCAGAAGACAAAGCUGGUAUGAUUGGUCUUACUACAUUUGGUUCAGUUAUCAUUGAUACCAGUAAACCAGGAACAGGAUAUGUGACUUGUCCAGAAUAUAUUGGGGUGGAAACCCCAAUACUAUGUUCAUGGUCAGGAUUUCUAGAUGAAGAGAGCCCCAUUCAGAAGUUUAUUAUUACACUUGGAUCAGAACAAGGCUCCUCUGAUAUAUUUGAAGAAACUCUCAGCGGAUUUGUUUCUUUUUAUAGCAUAAAAGGAGUGAAUAAUCGUUUAGACCAUGGUAAAUCCUACUAUGUCACAGUAACAGCAAUCAAUUCAGUGGAUAUGGAAACAUUUGCUUUCUCAGGACCCAUCUCCAUUGAUACAACACCACCUAAACAUGGGAGAGUGGUGGACCUACAUACAGUCUACAGAAUCAAUGUCAAAGACAACAUGGAAACUGUGGCAAUGAAUGCUAAAAUCUGCACUACAGAUGAAGAAUGUGAUGCAUUAGAUGCUGUUUGCUCAGAUUCCCUUACUUCUGUAUCAGCGACGUGGCAGCUGUUUACUGAUGAUGAAUCAGAAAUUGUUGGGUACCAGAUAGCAGUAGGAACAACACCAGGUGGAGGACAGAUUAAGUCUUUCUUUGAUAUACCUGAGGAUGCUAGACAUUAUACAGUAUCUGGGCUGAAUUUGAUGGGAUAUAGAAAGGUUUAUGUAUCUAUCAGAGGAACAAAUGGAGCUGGAGUUUCAAGUGUGGCUACUUCCAAUGGAGUUUAUAUCUCCUACUUGAGUCAAGGACUUCAGCCAUUGUCACAUAUUGCAAUCAGUGAUGUACUGGAAAACUCUGAUGUUGAUGUAGAUUUCCAGAAGAGUUUUGACACACUUAGAGCAUCAUGGGAUAUGUCAGGUGACCCUUGUCCAUCAGUGAGAAAUGAAUGGCAGAUACAAAGGCUGGAUGGAAAAGUUAUCUCAGAAUGGCUAGACAUGCAUGUUUCAGAAAAUGGAAUGCUCGAUGGACUCCAUAUGAAAGACAGAGAACUGUAUUAUUCCUUGUUAAGAGUUACAAAUGCUUUGAAUUAUACCUACAUCAUAAGAAGUAAUGGAGUAACUAUAGAAGAAGAUCCUCUGCUUCCAGGCAAAGUUUUUGAUGGAUACAUAACUGGAUUUGAUUUGAAUAUACUUCCUUCUCAACGUAAGGUCACUGCAAACUGGGAUGGUUUUGGUUUGCCAGCUUCUGCCUCAUUUCAGGUAGAUGUUGAAGGAAACCCAGGAUAUCAGGUAGAUGAUUCAAAAACUGAUGAACAACAUAAAACCCAACAGGUCUUAUUUUAUGAAGUAGCUGUUGGAACAGACAGAAGAUUUCCUAAAACCAGGGAUAAUGUUGUACCAUUUACAAAUGUUGCUGGGAACAAAUCAGUCACAUUCUAUGAUCUCAACCUUGAGUCUGGAUUAGCAAUGUAUUACUUUACUGUUAGAGCCUACAGUGUAUCUUAUUCUGUUGCCAUGGUUACAUCUAAUGGUUUCCAUGUUGGAUAUGAUGGUGGUGUUGAAGGUGGAUCCAUUAUUAUUGGCGACUUUAUUAAUACCGAUAUGUAUGUAGAUAUACAAUUUGAAGGUUUUACAUCUAAGUUGGAUAUAAUGAUGUAUUAUAUAGGACUGUCCAAUCACACUCAAGCUGUUGGAACUGACUGUAAACAAUAUAUUGAUGGACGUAAGGGAAAUCAAGCAGUGGAAAAAACAUUUAACAUAGCAACUUUGAUAAACAUUAACUUGAAUACAUUCUUUACUCUGACAUCACUACAGUUACAGUCAGGAGGAACAUACUAUGCCUGGGUUAUAGCUACAGAUGAAUCAGGAGAUUGUGGAAUGAUUCACCACAAAUUCACAGUUGAUACAACAUCUCCAAUGUAUGGAGCUAUGACUGCUGGUCCAUUUUAUCACAUGGACCUGGCCUACACCUCUGACAAUACAACUGUUCAAGUUCAGUGGACAAACUAUAGUGAUCCAGAAUCUGAGAUAGCAACAUAUGAAGUUUCACUGUGGAGGAAUACUUCUUGUUAUUCUGAUGGAGAGGAAGAACUGUUGGUAGAUUGGAUAGAAUUAACAAACAAUUACACAGAAUACAGCUUUGUCAAUUUAAAUCUAACGAUGAACAUACCAUAUACUGUUAUGUUUAAGGUUACUAAUGGUGCAGGUCUUUCUAUCGUACAAAAAUCUUCACCAGUUCUAUAUGACCCUUCAAAACCAACAGCUGGUACCUUGCAGGAUGGACCAGACUUUUCAACACCACAAGUUUGGUUUAGUUCGACUAAGACUAUAACAGGUUCAUUUCUGCACUUUGCCAAUCCUCUCGGUUUAGCCUGUCCAUCAAGACACAUUUCAAUGGUGAAUGAUCCUGACUGGAAGGAACUGCAGCAGAUUGGUCUUAAAGAUCCUAGUGGCAAGAAAUGGUCAUUGCUGUAUCUAACAAAGAAUAUCGACAAGGAUAUAUAUGAUGAUGUUAUUUCUGUAAAACUGGCAAGAGACCACAGAAAACCGCAGAUGUUUACUGGUGCAUAUUACAGACCUGCUAGCUUUGAAAAUGGUGGCACAUAUCAUAUUUCUGUAAAACCUGCAAAUGGACAUGGAAUUGCUGUAACAGAAAUAUUAUUUUGGGAUGGGCAGGAUACCAGUAUUGCAACCUAUGAAUAUGAAGAACCAGUUGACUGGGCAUCAUCAGUUUGUCAGUGUUGUUUACUGGAUCCAAUACCUUUGGACUGUGAAUUUUGUAACUGCUCGAGAUAUCUGUCAGAUAAGUAUGGAAACAGUACAAUACCUACAGUACCUAGUACUACAAAAGGAACAACAGUCCAGACAACAACACAUCCAUACGAUAUCGUCAAUAAUCCUGAUAACAGUAAUGUUUCAGAACCUGUAGAUACCAGUAUACCAAUAGCACAAAGAGCCUGUGGAAUUCAAGUGUUCUCUGAUCAUAAUCCAAAGAUAGUUACUUGGUGUCGAUCUUUCAAUGAUAUACAUCCCAUAAUGAAGACAGCAGUGGAUUACAAUGUCACUGAAGAAUUUCUCAACUUCAAAAUCAUAUUUCAACCUGAGAUGGAUGAUGCAGUAGAUAUUUCUAUGUGUCUUAUUGUAUUUGUCAAUGAUGAGGAAUUAACUGAACUAUGUGGAAUACCUAAUCUAAGUGAAUCAGCACAAUUAGUUCUUCAUGUCUUCAACCGUGAUAAUUUUGUACCAGAUAUUACAGAUAAAUUCAACAUAUUUUCCACCAAAGCAUAUUUCAAAAAUCUAAUAUUGCCACCAUCAGCUGGUGCACUUUGUCGCUAUGGUGAUCCAUUCAGGGGCGGGACUAAUCCAAUAAUAAAAUAUGAAGUUGGCAUUGGAAGCGACAAACUUUUAACAGAUAUUGAACCAUUUAGAGAAGUGAUAGUACCCUGCAUACCUUGCUUUGGAGAAUGUUCUAAAUAUAAUUGUGAUCGGAACUGUAACAUUGAUCAACAUGUGGAUUUCAGAUUUACUUUGACAGACUUAGAUUUAACACCUCAGGUUGUUGAUGUGAAUGAAACUGGACACUACUAUAACAAAACAGUUAUAUAUUAUCUUACAGGAAAAGCUGUAACAGGGGCUGGGGACAAUGUUUUGUCAUCUUCACCAGGAUUUUAUAUUGAUCUUACAAGACCUGUAUUUGACCCUGAUGUAAUGUUGACCAGUCCAAUAUAUAUUGAUGCGACACAAGGAGAGUUUCAGCCGAUUAGUUACCAAGCAUCCAACAACACUAUUAAAGCUUUUUGGAGAUGCACUGAUGAAGAAAGUCAGAUAAAGGAAAAUUUGUGGGCUAUUGGUGAAACACCAGGUGGAGAAGAAGUUCAAAGUUUUCAGUCCAUUGGCCAUAACAUGACAGCCCUUAACUCAUCACUAGAGGGCGUCCUUAAGCAUAACCAUACAUACUAUGUAUCUAUCAUUUGUAUUAAUGGCGGAGGAAGAGCUACUCACUGGAAUGAUAUAACAGGUGUUAUGGUACUAUUGGAGCCACCAGAGGUUGAUAAUUUGAAUAAUACAAUAAAAGGAGACAUCCAACCAUUUGAAGAAGGAGUAGUCCCUACAGAUGCCAUGGAAAGUACAGAUCCUACAACUAUAGGGUUCACCUUUACUGUUAGUGAAGAUAAAUCUGUAAAGAGAUAUGAUAUGUGCAUUGGAACAGACAAAUAUUUAGAUAACAUUUUCCCUUGUACCUGGGUUGGUUACAACACAUCAGGAUCAGCUUCUAUCAAAGAUGGAUAUUUGUAUAUAGAUGAUAUCAAGCUGAGACCUUUGUCAGAGCUUAAGACCAAAGUUUGGAAUAUCUCCUAUGAAUCUACAGAGAACAAGACAAGUGUAUUCCAUAUGGAACCUGGACGGACAUUAUUUAUGACGAUGAGGGUUUGUAAUGAAGCUGUACUUUGUACCAAUAAGUCAAUAGGAAGUGUACUGAUAACAAAUACAAAAACUGUAUUGAAAACAUCAGAAAAGGGAGAAUCCAUUGAAAUUAUACAGUCAGUUGCUACUAAUUCAACACGGAAAAAGAGGGAGACAGAUGUGAUUGUUGUUACAACACCUGAAGGACUGGAACCUGGCCAAACAGUUGUACUACAGCCAAUAUCAGAGGAGGAUCUAAACGCAGAAUACAGAUCUGAUUCUUCAACAGAUUUCCAACCUUAUAUUGUUAAUCCAGCAACUUCAUUUGACAUGGUUGACAGAUUAUUGUACAGAAGAAUACACUCUUAUGUGACUACAUUUUCUGUAAUACCAGUUGGUCACCUGUCAAUGUCAGGGCCUAUGAAUAUUACAUAUCCAGAUAGUAUUGGUGAAAAUGAAGACAACAGAACUGUUCUGGCUCACUGGAAUUCAGUUAUUCAGCAGUGGGAACUGAGUGGUAAGACCUGUGGUGAUGCAUCAGUUUUAGAAGUUGAUAAUGGGGAUGGAACAAAGACUGUUCAGGUUUGCAAAACAUGGAGAGUUGACUCAGAAGAAAGGAACCAAACUGAGGAAUCCAUUUUGUAUUUCUCUGAAGAGACACAAUUUGCAGUUUUCAUUGUAUCAAAGAAAGUAUACAAUUCUGCACCAACACUGAUCAGUAAUAGAUUUAUAUCUAUCAAUGAAGAUCAAGGGACAAUACAGUAUCAGUUGGAGGCAGCAGAUGCAGAAGAUGAUAUAGUGAGAUUUUACCUUAAAACACAGACAUACAAACUUGGUGAUCCAGUUUUGUAUGAGAAUGGCUUGUUGAUGUAUACACCAUGUAAAGAUUGUUCAGGAGUAGAGGCAAUUGAUAUCAUCUUGAGAGAAGUACAAACUAGUAAGGAUGUAACACCAGCCAGCAGUGAAAUAACACUUGUUAUUACAAUUAUAGAUACCAAUGAUCCACCAGAAAUGUUCCUUGUACAGUAUGGUCAGUCUAUUUUGUUAGAUGAUCCAACAGAGCCAGUUAUGGUAUAUUUGGAACAGAAGACUGAAUAUAACAAAAACAAAUGGACAGAAGAUUUCACGGUUGUUAUAGGAGCCUUUGAUGUGGAACAACAACAUCUUGUUAUGGAAGUAUACAAACCAAUGACGGGAACAGUUAUGUUUACAGAAGUGAAAACAACAGUACCAGAUAUGUAUGACUGUGAAACUGAUGCAAAUGUAGCCAGUGAACCGUGCGGUAACUUCAGUUAUACUCUGCCUCAUGUUAAAGUAACCAUGUCCUGGAUUUAUACCACCUUGACCUACAAACAAAGCGUAAAUGUAACAGGAAAUGACUUUAUAAAAAUUUAUGUCUCUGAUUCCAUGAAUGCCUCAUCGUCAGUAGUGACCAUACAGUUUGUUAUAAUGGAAUCACCUUGUCAGAAUGAUGGGUCUUGUCAACCAAAGAAUGGCAGUAACUAUCCAUGCACCAGCACCUAUAGAGCAGAACAUUUUGAUCAGAAUUUUGAAUGUGUAUGUUUACUUGGCUGGAUAGGUGUAUACUGUGAAGAAAACAUUGAUGAAUGUUUAAGUUCCCCAUGUGUGGAACCAUAUGAAUGUAUUGAUGGUGUUAAUAAGUAUGAGUGCAGGUGUCCAGCAGACGAUCCAAACUGUGAUUUUAAGAUAUGGAUCAUUCCAGUGAUUGUCCUGAGUGUUGUUUGUAUUGUGACUAUCAUUGUAGUGGUCAUUUAUAGAUACAUGUAUAGGAAAAAAAGAGAGAAAAACAAGAAAGUUUAUAGAGACCUUGUAAGCCAGAGCUCAAAAGAUCUGCUAGGUGAUGCCCAAUCUCAGAAUUUGUCAUUUGCUGAAGAUACAGUGGAAAAGUAUAUUAACAGCAAUCCUGAAGCAGCAACUUUGGAUGCAGAGCAAGUGGAUUUCCAAGAGAACCAUGAUGAUCUCAGUAGUUUGGAUCCAGUGGGAUUUCUGAAUCCUGCUAUUGGAAAAUCGGGAAAUCCAAGAUGGAAGAAUAAGGUUUACCCUGAAUCAUCAUGUACCAAGAAAUUUGUUAUUUCUCCUGCAGAACAGAAAUCAGAAAGUAAGCUGAAAGAGGAAGUUCAAGAGAAAGAUGAUUUGAAGUAUGACUGGACCUAUGCCUUACCUAUGCAUCAGGUUCUCGAACAAGCCUUGAAACCAGUAUCUAAACCAAAGAUACAGUUUCUUAGAGAAAUAAAAUUCAAAUUGUCAGCUGAUGAAAAGAACGCUGAAACAUUAUCAAAUCCAACAGAAGAAAGAGAGCACGAUGCUGAAACUGACCUUCCUCAGUCCAUGCAACCACCUUUGAAACAAAUGUAUCAAACAAAAAUGGCAAAAGCUGUUCCUGCAACUGGUCUUGUUGCACAUAACAUGUCUCACAGAAGAGACAAUGACCAAAAACAGCAAGAGAAAAGCAGUGACGCUUAACAUUUUGUGCUAACAGUUGCAUUUUACGUUCUUCAAUUAGUAAUCACAGUUCUUUGAUAAUAUAGUAACUCUUUCACAAUAGUCAUUAACCAUUUUAUUAUUGAUAUUCUAUUGAAUUUUUGCUGUUCUGCAGAUAAUUUUAUAAUCAGAUGUUGUAUUUCUAAUUAAUAAAGAUAAAGUUUAUCUUAGCUUUCAAAUGUA